AUGAAGGAGUUCAAUUUGCAGGACGUAUUGUUCACUGGAAUCAUUGCGGAAAAAGCGAAAGUUCGGAGGAACCCAUGGAGGAUACAUUUGGUGCACUGUGAAAUAGUUUUAUUUUACUAAUUACGGGGGCUAAUUUCCUGUUUUGCAGGAUCCGACGUUUGGUUGCUAUGAAGGCGUUGGAGUUCGGGUGCCACGUCUUUUCGCUAUCCAUGGUGUACACGAUUCGGCCAAUUUCACGAGAGUCUUUCACAAAAUACGCAACUUUCCUUGUUAA